UCGCGAGACAGUGUCCGCCGCUUCCCGACCCUCGGCCCUUCAACUUGUGGGGGUCCCUGCAGUCUCCGAAUCGCGGGCUGUGUUUGGGCCUCCUGUCCAUCACCGUCGCGUCCGAGGCACCGCCCCAAACCGUGCUCCCGCCCCCUUUCGUCACUUCCUCUCUAGCCCCUGUGCGGUCGAUAAGGAAACCCGGACGCCGCCGCGGCUUUCCUUUUUCCAGGCGGCCGGGAAGAUGGCGGACAUUCAGACUGAGCGUGCCUACCAAAAGCAGCCAACCAUCUUUCAAAAUAAGAAGAGGGUCCUGCUUGGAGAAACUGGCAAGGAGAAACUCCCACGAUACUACAAAAACAUCGGUUUGGGCUUCAAGACGCCCAAGGAGGCCAUUGAGGGCACCUAUAUUGACAAGAAAUGCCCCUUUACUGGUAACGUCUCCAUCCGAGGGCGGAUUCUGUCUGGUGUGGUGACCAAGAUGAAGAUGCAGAGGACCAUUGUCAUCCGCCGGGACUACCUCCAUUAUAUCCGAAAGUACAACCGCUUUGAGAAACGCCACAAGAACAUGUCCGUGCACCUGUCCCCCUGCUUCAGGGAUGUCCAGAUCGGCGACAUUGUCACGGUGGGCGAGUGCCGGCCCUUGAGCAAGACUGUGCGCUUCAACGUGCUCAAAGUCACAAAGGCCGCUGGCACCAAAAAGCAGUUCCAGAAGUUCUGAGACUAGACGUCUGUCCACACCCCCGAAGAAAAUAAAGUUAUUUUCCCAGUCA